AUGGCCCAGGGCACGGUGAUCCACGUGGCCCCUGAGCAGCCCACCCAUGCUGUGUGUGUGGUGGGCACCGAGACCCCGCUGGAUGUCUGUGGCUCUGCCCCUAAGGGCUGCACGUCCUUUGGCAUCACAGCCUCGCCAGGAGUGGUUGUACAUGUUGCUCACAGUCCUCCAGCCAAGAAGAACACCACUGGUGCCUCCAAAUGGCCUCUGGACCCAGAGCUGGAGGUUCGAAUUUCAUAUUAUGGACCCAAGACCUCACCAAUCCAAGCCCUGCUCUACCUCACUGGGGUGGAGAUCUCUCUGAGCACAGAUGUCACCCGCACAGGCAAAAAGAAGUCAGCCAGGACGAAGAAGGAUCAGAGCACCUGGACCUGGGGCCCGUAUGGCCAAGGCGCCAUCCUGUUGGUAAACUGUGACAAAGAGAACCCAAAGUCCUCCAAAAUGGAUUUUGAGGAUGACAAGAUCUUGGACAACAAAGACCUGCAGGACAUGUCCCCAAUGACCCUAAGUACGAAGACUCCCAAAGACUUCUUUGCCAAGUAUCAGCUGGUGCUGCACGUGCCCAAGGCCAAAAUGAGCAAAGUGAGAGUGUUUCGGGCCACACGGGGCAAGCUGCCGUCCAGGUACAAGGUGGUCCUGGGACCACAGCAGUUCUCCCACUGCCUAGACCUGCCAGGUGGCCAGCACAGCACAGACUUCUACGUGGAGGGUCUUGCUUUCCCUGACGCUGACUUCCAGGGGCUCAUUCCCCUCACUGUCUCCCUGCUGGACAAAUCUAACCCGGAUCUCCCUGAGGCCCUGGUGUUCCAAGAUAGUGUGACAUUUCGUGUGGCCCCCUGGAUCAUGACCCCCAACACUCAGCCUCCCCAGGAGGUAUACGUGUGCAGGAUUCCUGAAAACGAAGACUUCCUAAGGUCAUUGACUGCUCUGACCAAGAAAGCCAAGUGCAAGCUGACUGUGUGCCCAGAGGAGGAGAAUUUGGAUGACCAGUGGAUGCAG